AUGUCUUUGUGUAAAGAAAUUAAUUUAUCUAAUCAUGUUAAUAAAACUUUAUUUGCAGAAUCUAAUUCAAAUAUUAAUGAUAAUAUUUCUAUGUUAUCAGACAAUAGACCAAAGAAAAAAGUCAAAAAAGGUAGUUCUGUUUUUGAUAAAGUGUGUGAUUAUGUUAUAAAGAGUAAACAAUAG